AUGGGCGCCUACCCGGCCGACAGCAACGUCUCUACCACGCUAGAAGACCAACCCGCGAGUCGCUCGUUCUUCUCCCGCUUCGCCCUACCCAUCCGCUCGCGCACGCGCAACCUCGCCGACUUCCACAUCCGCCCGGCCGAGCCCCAUCGCAAGUACGCGGCCGGCGACCAUGUGACCGGCGCGGUCAUCCUCACCAUCCUCAAGCCCAUCCGCAUCACCCACCUCACCGUCGCCCUGCACGGCUACGUGCGCGUCUACAAGAACCCCAACGCCGCCAACGAGCCCUUCAACCCCGCCGAGGCGCCCUCCACAGCGCCGUCGCGCUCCUCAAAGUACCUGGGCAAUGGACACGCCUCGCUCUUCCAGGACGAGCAGGUCCUCAGCGCGGACGGCAGGCUCGAGCCGGGGAGAUAUGAGUUCAACUUCGAUCUCAUGUUCCCGUCCAAGGGCCUGCCGAGUAGCAUAGACGAUGCUAACCUGCAGCCAGUUCGAGAGGGGCACAAUAUCGUACAUGAUCACAGCCACACUCACACGACCCACAUCAAUAUCUCCGACGACGAGCUGCGAACGGAAGGUUUUGCUGGUUGA